AUGACCGCCCUGUGUCCUCGCCGCAACCACUUCAAUUCCUUCGACCACGACUACCCACGCCACCGCCGCGAUCUCCACAUCCUCUCUAGGCGGCCCAUACCCUCUUCUCGCUCUCUGACCCCCGAGUCUGCCGAAUCUCUCUUCCUCGAAGCUCUCGCACGUGCGAGCUUGUGUCGGAAACAUGCCCGCCAAUCAUCCACCAUCACACGACCUUCUCGUCCGACCACCUCAGCAUCUGCUCGCUCUGCUCGUUUCACCACAACCUCUACCGCGAACAAGCCACCUCUCUCUUCUGCCGUCGAGCUCUCAACUGACGAAUCUGCCCAUCCCGCACCCAUCCCUAUCUCACGUCAAGAGCUGCGUUCCAUAGUCGAUCAGUACGACUAUGCAGGCUACCAGGAUGAUCCUUCUCCAGACAGGGAUUCCAAUCACGAGGCCCCCUCGAGUACUCAUGUUUACUCCUCUAAUCAGAUACCCGACAGGAAACCCCGGGCUGCCAAAACACUUCUCGACCAGCAAGCCAUUGAUUACUUCCNNAAUCUCCUCAUACAAGACAAGGCCACACCGAACCUCCCGCUUUACACAGCAUACAAGGCAAUACCACAACCGCGACCGAAAUAUCUCGAGAAUCAACCUGUUCGCGAACUGCUGCACCGCCUGAGUGUUGUCGAAUACAAAGAUGAGCAGACAAUGCAGCGCUAUCUCAGCGUUGUCGAUGACAUGUUGUCUGCAGACAUACCCAUGACGAGGUCAGAAUGGAACAGUGCCAUGAGUUUCGCUGGUCGCUAUCUUCGCAAAAUUGGUGACGUUCAGGUCGAAACUGCCACUCAGAUUUGGUUGCGCAUGGAGAGAGAAGCUGGUCUAUCGAGCAGCGCCACCACUUUCAGCAUUCUGUUUGAUGUCGCCACCAAAGCUGGCAAAUUUGCCCUCGCCGACAUCGUGGUCAAGGAGAUGAUGCAGCGAGGCAUGGAACCUACUCGCCAUUUCCGCACAAACAUAAUUUACUGCCAUGGCUUAAAGCGCGAUGGUGCUGCUGUCCGAAAAGCCUACCAGGACUUCGUUGACGCCGGCGAGAUCAUCGACACCCUGGUUCUGAACUGCGUGAUCGCGAGUUUGAUUAAUGCUGGCGAGCCAUCCGCUGCCGAGUACAUUUUUGAGAAGAUGAAGACUCUCGGCACAGAGAACACUACUGCCGUCAAGAUCAAGGGAUGGAAAGCCCAGCGCCAACUCGGAAGAGUUCUGGACUCAGCAGGAAGAAAACUUCGCAAGGAGGCAGAGAGACGAGUUGUCGUGCAGAACGUCACUCCAAUCACACCAAACCUACACACCUAUCGCUUGCUGAUCAAAUACCAUGCUCACGAGUCUGGUAAUAUAGACCGCAUCAGCGAAUUGCUCGACGAGAUGCAACAAUAUGGCAUCCAUAUUCACGGAUCCAUCUUCUAUCAGAUUAUACGUGGAUUCAGUAUUCACGGAGGCAUCCGCUAUUCCUCAUGGAACAAAAAGAGACUUGACAGCUUUUGGGAGAUCUUCUGUCAGUUUGUUGAGCGAGACAAAGAGACGGAACAAAAACAUGGCGAUUGGAUAUCUGAAGAAGAUAGAGGUUGCUAUCUUAGCGUUUCCAUGGUCAAAAUUGUUCUCAAUGCGUACAUCAAGGUCACGGGCCCAGAGAACACCAGGAAGAUGUGGCAAGAGAUCAAGGAAGUCUGGAAACCGAACGUGCAAGACGAAGAAGCUGUGAAUACAGGGCUCGAAUAUGCACUUGGCUAA